AUGCGCGAACCAAGACACACGUCGUCAACAUCGAUCGAACCGAACGAGCAAAUCCCCCAGAGCCUGCCUCUGAACGCCGACCUUAGUAUUACAAUGACACUUGAGAGCAAACCCCGGCGCUCUACAAAGAAGUACCGCGCGGUCAAGCGGCCCGACGGUAUCAUUGUCGAGCAUCCUCGGUAUCGACCAGCAGGCACGUCGCAGAAGCCCACAAGAAAUCCCGAACGGAACUUGGUCUCAUUAGAUCACGUCGGUACACAAGAAAAGCACACACAAGGAGCAGGUCCGAACAGUAUGGAGCACGACCUCAUGGGUAUAGGCAUUGGCAUGGACAUCUCUGUUCGCGCCAUGCCCGUCGAUGCUAUGGGCAGUGACAACUACACUAGACUGGGAAGAGGGAGGGGAGGAUACAACGAGGUUGCGCGCGAGCUCACAUCUGCUCAUAUCAUGGCAAAUGGGUGCAAACAGCAGUCCUAUGCCGACUUUAAUCCGAUGGCUCGCUUUCUUGGCGAGCAAGGGCCCUGGACAUGCGCUAUUGGCGCACUAUCCUACUCGCAUCGCGUCCCUAAGAAUGCGCCACCUCAAGUCAAAGACGAUCUUGCAGUCGUCGGCGCUCUUGGUUUCUGGACCCGAAGAUGGGAAUGGUGGAGCGAGCGACGCGACCAGUCCAAGACAGGAACCUUCUCUUUCCAUGCUGGACCGAACAUGAUUGUUGCGCUUUCAGGAGACAAAGGGCGCCAGCUGUUCUUCGAGUCGAAAGAUCUGGGCUUCACCGAAGGAUAUGCUGUGUUGUUCGGUAACUCGCCCAAAGUUUCCAGGACCAUUACCGCCGAGGAUAACAAUCUCAGCUUCAGCGCCAUGUUCCAUCGCCGUCUUAACUUCUUCUUGAAGAACGACCAAUUCCGUCGCAAGCUGCCUAUCUUGAUAUCCGACACAAAGCAAGCUCUCGAAGCCAUCAAGAAUGAGCCCAGUGGCCGCACCAAUCCCUUCGAGAGCCUGUACCGGGUCGUCUUCCGCCUCACCAUCCGCAUGGUAGGCGCUACUGAGAUUGCCGAAGACCCUCAGAUGCUAGAGGAGGUUCUCAAGAUGUUUGAGACGAUUGAAAGCAGCUCUACCGCUACGUCAGUCUUGUUCCCGAAGCUCCCUUCACCGGCUCUCUUGAAGCGGAACUGGGCAGGAGCGCAACUCUAUAUGAUGAUCGACAAAAUCAUCAAGAAGCGUGCGGCGAGCGACGAGAAGCACGAUGAUGCGCUGCAGUACUUGCUGGAUCAGGGUGAUCGCGCCGAGAGAGUCUCUCAGUUCGUCGUUGGGGCGUUGUUCGCUGGCCUACUCAACAGCGGUAUAAAUGUAGCCUGGGUAAUGUCCUAUCUCGCCACCUCACCCGAAUGGCUCGCCAAAGCGAACGACGAAGUCCGCAGUAAUGCGGCAAGGUACGCUAAGAACCCGAACGCACCCUUGCUCCAGCAGCUCGACGACGUACCUGUAGAGGCAUGGGAGGCCGAUUUCCCAAUCAUCGACAUGUGUCUACGAGACUCUCUACGUCUGAAUCUGCUCGGCACGGCCUUCAGGCGGAACAUCAGCGGCAAGAACAUACCCACGGGUAACGGCGACGAAGUCAUACCACCCGGCGCAUUCGUCACAUACGCCCCGGGCGACAUACACUACGAUCCAGAGAUCUAUCCCGACCCACAGAAGUGGGAUCCGGCUCGAUACAUGCCAGAUCGUGCGGAGGACAAGAAGAAGGCAGCACAUGGCUUCCUUGGUUGGGGGUCAGGACGGCAUCCGUGUUUGGGCAUGCGCUUUGCGAAACUCGAGCAGAAUAUCAUCACCGCGUACUUCAUUGCUACUUUUGACUUCAAACUUGAAGACGAGAGUGGCAAUGUGCUUACUGUCGCCCCUUUGGUUGACUGCAAUGGGCAUUCGGCGCAUAAGCCCAAGGAGCUGCAGUUUCUUAGGGUUACAACUAAAGAGACGUAG